AUGACUGGCAACAUGAGCGUUCAAGAGUUCGUCGCCUCUAUCAUACGACGCUCUAGUUACUUCAUCGCGAUCAUCAUUCAGUCUCGAGGUCGUACGAUGCCUGCUUGCGCCAGCAAGUGUGCGACCUCUGGCUCUCCUCGAUUCCGGGAGUGUUCGCACGGCGCUCGUUGCUCUCACCGUGGUCAGGAGGAUGGUUCGUCCGAUUCGUCUGGUGGUAGCAACCAUUCCGACAACGAUGAUGAUGAUGAGUCUCCCCGUCGCUCUAACUAUCGGAAGCCGUACGCCCGUGGCGCUCGCCAGCCCGACCGUACGCCUGGUCGCAAGCUUGGUCGUGGUGUCGGCACCUCUGGCAGCUUCCUUGGCUCUUCUCACAACCCGCAGCUGAUUGAGAAGGAGUAA